GUGCAUUGACGCACGACCACCUAAUUUAAAAGCAACACAAGCUGUGUCGCUACGUGUGUGUGAAUAGUAGUUGUAACACCUGCUAUGCCAACAAGGUGCAGCAUAUAUAACCUCCAUACCAUGAACAAGAGAGCAAUUAACUAAUUACAAACAAAUCUGCGACAGGAGGGGAACAGUGGCAGCAUUAAAUCAAGGUAGACUUAUUUAAACACGUGUAUUAUUUUACUCACGUUAUAUGACUGUGUCUCCUUCCAUGUGGAUGAAUGAUCCGUGCGGUAGCGCUCCUGUUUGCGGUUAAGUUUGUUUGCCUUGCAGUUGUUGGAGUCCCAGUAGGCUAACACAAGAACACCACAGCAUAAGCCUGAGUAAAUGUCAGAGCAAGCUGCUGCUCUUCCCAGACCACGCCGUGGGAGACAGACCAACCUCAUCGCCGUGGCAACCCUCUGUUCUGGCUCAAAGAAAGAGGCUAGGGCGGAGAAGAAAGGAACUUUUAUGCCUCUGAACCCCCACUAGCUUCCUCAUCCCCCCUUGUCCUUGUGCAUUGUAGCCCAGGCCUGAACCAUGUGGCCGAGCUCCCAGGCUUGUGUGACUGAAGAGGAGGGCUGCAAUUACCAAACUAAGGAGUGAGGGAAGGGGGAGUCCCAUUGGCAUUCUUUAACAUCUCCGUCGCUCACUUGUGUUCAGAGAGCCAUCUGUAGAUCAGGCAGACAAAAAGACGCUCCUGAGCCUCGGCGUCACUCAACAGGCUCACAGGCCCAGCAGGCCUUCAGGACUGAGCCAAAGAACACUACUCUGUGGAUGGGAGCCACAGCUGUGUUGAAGUGUGAGGUGUUGCGGGCCUCGGGGACCGUGCAGUGGGUGAGAGAUGGCCUCCUCCUGGGACCUCAGAGAAGCCUGCCAGGCUUUCCACGCUACAGCAUGAUUGGAGACCCCAAGAGAGGGCAGUAUCAUCUCCAGAUUGAAAAGGCCCAACUGGAAGACGACGCCCUCUAUCAGUGUCAAGCUGGUCAGACGGAGAGCAGUGGAGCAAUUGUUUCCAACAUAGCCUGGGUCAACAUGCAAAUUCCUCCAUCCAAGCCAUACUUCGAGGUGGACAUGGCUACACCUUGGGUGGCAGGGAAGAAGUACACCGUCAUCUGUGUUGCCCCCGAUGCGAAGCCUGAGGCUCAAAUCACACUUUAUAAAGAUGGAGUUGAGCUGACAGAUGCAGGGUUUUCCACCACGCCUGGCUCAAAGGAUAAGCUUGUGAACACGCAUGCCCAAGUAACGGUCACCGCUCUGAGCUCCGACAACGGGAGGGCGCUGGCAUGUCAUGCCUGGAACGGUGGCCCCGGUCCCGUGAAGACCACAAUGACCAUGAAUGUGCAAUUCCCGCCUCCGCCUCCAGUUAUUUUGGGUCUGGAGCGAGAGGACGUCAAAGCAGGGAGGACCCUCGUGUUGCGCUGUGUGUCUCAGGGUGGAAACCCGGCAGCCACUCUCCACUGGACUAAGAAUGGAGAAGUUCUGUCCACGACUUGGGAAGAGGACGUCGUGGCGCAGAAGUCCAGCAGCACGCUGAGGCUGAAAAUCACCCCCGCUGACAAUCAGGCAGAGCUGUGCUGUGAAAGCGUCAAUCUGGUGUCCCUGUCGCCUCUGUCUGUCUGCCGCAAAAUAACCGUGCUCUUCGAGCCCGCGGAGCUGACGCUGCUCGGUUCGUUGGCCAUCAUCGAGGGGCAAGAGUUGAACCUGGGCUGCUACGCCACCUCCAGCAACCCCGCCGUCCACAUCCGCUGGUGGCUGGGCCACAAGGAGCUCAACAACACCGUCGUCGUCACGGCAGAGGGAGACAAUGGUGGGAUGACAACCAUGUCCAACAUGACCCACCGGGUCUCCCGGGAGGAGAACGGGCUGAAGCUCACCUGUGAGGCUUUCAACAAGGGAACGCACUUCUCCAAAACCCGGAUCAGCAAUCUCAUUGUCUAUUACCCCCCUCAGAAUGUGUGGAUUGACGCGCCACCUCAAGAUGUCCCCCUCCGUUCGGGAACCACGGCCCGUCUCGUCUGUUUCUCCACUGGAGGGAAUCCCACAGGGACCCUGACCUGGUUCAAGAACGGAAGGCCGGUGGCGGAUGCAUCGAAGCAGACGUCCUUUGAAGUGGGCGUUGCUCGGGAGCUGGUCCUGGUCCUGACCGCGAGUGACAACAUGGCCUCCUACCGCUGUGAUGCCAAAAACGAGGCAAAGAAGGCCAUUUCUGCAUACACCAAGCUCUUGGUUCAUUUCACAGCAGUGAGUAUGAAGAUCACCACUGAAGGGGAGGUGCAUCAUCGGGGCCAGGCGAUAACCCUGGAGUGCCAGGCUGGAAGCAGUAACCCCGUGUCCAACAUCUCCUGGAUCAUAGGCCCACGGAGGUUGCAGGGAGUCGACCAGUCGCCCGCAAAGUCUCAGUAUGGUGGCGUUUCGGUGCGCAGUUCUCUGUCCUUGAAUCUGACUUCAGAGCACCACAACCAGAAGGUUAUUUGUCAGGCCUACAGCCCCGUUUUGGCAGAAGGGGCCAACACAUUUUUCCAGCUCAAUGUACUUUACCCGCCAGAAUUCAGCCCAGACCAGCCAACGGAGGUCCAGGUGGUCGAGGAUGACAUGGCAACCAUCCCACUGCUGGUCUCAGCUAACCCGGAGAAGGUCUCCUGCGUUUGGCAGCGCCGCCGCCUGAAGCUGGUCAAAGAGGGGUAUCUUCGCUACGACUGGCCAGAUGACUACUCACUGAAGAUCAAGAAUGUGACGAGGAAAGAUGCUGGAGUUUACACAGCCAACUGCACAAAUGAGGAGGGUGUUAACCUGACCCGCAUCUUGCUGGACGUUCAGUAUGCUCCCAGUGUCAAAGCAGAGAAAGACCCCGUGUUUGUGAACAUAGGGGAAAUAGCAGACCUGAUAUGCGUGGCAGAUGCCAAUCCCAUUAUACCCGACAUGUUUUCUUGGAAAUGGCUGGGUGAAGAGGAGGUGGAGAUGGGAGAGGAGACCCAUUUAAAUGAAUCAAGCCUACUGACCAUCCGUGAUGUGACUCGGGCUCAUGCUGGUCUCUACCAGUGCACGGCCAGUAAUGGCAUAGGACUCCCUGCCAGUGCGAAUGUGCAGCUGGUAGUGCAAUUCAAACCAGAGCUCCAGAAGGGCCCGCAGUGGAGGAAGGUAGCAAGCAGAGGGGAUGGCACUACAACAGCUGAGGUUGUGUGUCGGGCUGAAGGCAUUCCUCCUGUCAACUUCUGUUGGGAAAAAAACGGCGUACGCAUGGAUUUUGAAAACCCCAGGUAUGAGGAGCAGACGGUGAGGGAGGGGUCCUUCCACACCAGCACAGUUCGAGUGGUAAAUGUGAGCUCAACUUUGGACUAUGCUGUCUUCAGCUGCACCGCUCGCAACUCACUUGGGGAAGACAAGCUAGACAUCCAGCUCAUCAGCACAAAUCACCCAGAUCCUCCUUCAUCCUUCCGCCAAGUCAGCGUGACCCAUGACUCGGCCACUUUGGAGUGGAUCCCUGGCUUCGACGGGGGUUUGCAGCAACGGUUCCGCAUAAGGUACCGUUGGGAUCAAUUGGUCAGCUUCCUUUACGUGGACGUUUUUCCUCCCGGUUCAGCAACCUUCACCGUUACUAAUCUGCAGCCUGUCACCACCUACAACUUCUCUGUCAAUGCCCUCAAUGCAAUAGGGGAGAGUGACUACGCUGACAACAAUGCAGUACUGACCAUCACCACAAAGGAGAGGCCGUCGUCAGAAGAAGUCCCAUCAGAUGAAGACUCACCGAGCGUAAGCAGGCUGCCGGCCCUUUGGACCAUAGUGCUCACAGUGGUGUUUGGAGUCCUGCUGGUGUUGAAUUCGUUAGGUUGCCUCUUCGGAUUGUGGUGGAAAAAGAGGCAAAGGCGGACAGCAGGAGGUAGAGGAGGGAGUGUGCUGGAUGGGAAAAAGAACAAAGAGGAGGGGUCAAGUCAAUCAACUCUGAGAAACUCCAAUAGCUAUGAGAGCAAAGAAAAGAUCAACACCGCAGCCCAGCGCACCCUCCUCAUCGACUCAGGCUCUGAAACAGACAGCAACGUCUACGAGAACUGCGCAGCGGGACAUCCUCCUUAUUAUUAUCCCACUGGUGACUACAUGCCGCCUCUCAGUCCACACCCUGAGGAAACACGCAGGCUUGAUGUCAUCCGUCUCCCUGCGGACUCUCAGAGUCAUUUGUAUGAAGAUGUAAGAGAUGAGCGCCUGUACCAGGACAUACGGGCUCCUUCUUUCCCUCCUCUGUCAGCUUCAUUUGAUCACAGAUUGUAUCAACAAAGGAAUGACUGGAAACCGCCAACCUACCAUCAGCAGGGUACCGGGAGAGCAGGGUGGCCCGUGGAUGUCCAGCAGCCACAGAGAGAUUCUGAUCUUCCCUUUGAACUAAGAGGAGAAUUAGUCUAGAAUGAGAGGAGAAGGUCAAACAAACGUGGCAGGGCGUAUUACUCAGCAGUAGUUAUUAAGUACGGCGCUGUAUAGCACAUAUUCAGCACAGUGUUAUUAGUUUUAUUCUUUUUUUUUUCUAAUGGCGUCUCACAAGGCACCCUGAGUGACAGAGCCAAUAGAAAUACUUGUUGUCAAAUGCUACACAACACAGCGUUUCACCUCUCCACUGCUUUGAAUUUUCACCGCUCGCACUGAACAAUGUCUUAUCUGUAUAUGCCGUUUCCUUUAAUACAGGUUGAUGUCUUAUAUUUUAAAAUGAAUUGCUUUCAGCCUC